CCCUCCUCUUCUUCUCCCUCAAUUGUCAAAAUCUCCUUCCUCAUCAAACAGGGAACCAGAAGAAGAACAAGACAGAGAGAGAGAGAGAGAGAGAGAGGCAGAGAGAGAGGCGGAGAGAGAGGAAGAGGGCAAAAAGGCAUACCUUAAGCAGCAACUGUAGUUCAGAAAUUGCUUUUUUCUGAUCUUUUGGUGUUACUUUUUUCACAGGGUUUUGACUGUCCACUUUAUUCCUUUUCAUCAUAAUCUCAUCUCUUUUUCUUCUUUCUUCAAUUAUUCCAAUUACAUCACAAAAACACACAUAAAACCUUGCUUUCAUCAUUUGUUUCCAGCUUUGGCCGCACCAUUUCUUCACCUUUUUGAAUGUUUUAUAAUAUUCUCACCUUCCCCGCCCACCUUUUUCCUCACAAAACAACCUAUAGUUCUUCUCCUUCUCUUCAAUUCCCCUUGCUUUUCUAAGAUUCCUGUAUUUCUCUCUAUUCUGCGAUUUAUCGUAACAGAUAAGGAGUUCUGAAUUUGAUUUAUUACCUGAAAGUUGCAACAAUGGAUGAUGAUAAACAGCACCAGUCACAGCCGAUGUCCUCGCCGUCGCCGUCUGGAGAAGAGUCAGCGAAGAGACAAGAAGGAGUCAAUUCAGAAACCAAAUCAAAAUCUGCAGUUCGGAGCAAGAACACCUUCUUUGGCAGACAUAGAAUCUCAGCGGCCAUAACCAGACUCCAAAACGAAAUCAAUAUCAUCGAGGAAGAAUUGCGACAGCUCGAGAGCAUAGGCGAAUCCUCCACCGUCUGCGAAGACCUCGUCUCCAGCGUCGUAGCGAUUCCAGAUCCUCUGCUUCCAGAAACAAUCGGUCCAACGGACGUCAACUGGGACCAGUGGUUCCGAGGAGCUCACGGCGGUCGCAACCACAGACGGUGGAUCUGAUUCCGAACACACAGGGAGAUCCAUUUUGGGGAUCGCCGUUGAUUUACAGGGGUUUGAGAUCAACUAGUCCUGAUCGAUUGCAGCCAUAACCAGAAUAUGGAGGAGAAGAAAAGAAGAGAAGACUUGGAAAUUGAAACGACGACGUCGCAAUCGCACCGUGUGUAAAAGUUUUCGGGUACAUUUAG